CCGCGGCUUGCUGGACUGUCUGUUCCCAGUUCACCUUCGCGUUGCGCGGCCCAGCUUUAUCAUUCAUUCAUUCCCUCUGGACCACCACCACCACCACCACCCCGCCAGUCCAACAGCGCGAAUCCCUCUUCGAGUCUUGAUCAAUUCCUACCAAGAAAUGCCUUCGACGACAUCUCAUUGAUAUCCCAAGAUGGCUGCGUUCCGAGCACAACAACGGCGACGAACCGCCCUGAUCACCCUCGGCCUGGUCGCCGUCUUCACCUGGACAUUCGCAUCCUGUCGAUCGCACACCCCCAACACCUCCACCAGCCAUGAGCAAUUCUGGACAGAGUUCCAUCCUCUCUUGGUGGCCUCAGACCCCAACUCCAAUCCCCCAGUGAGGGUCCGAAAUGCCGACUCCGUGGGCUUCGACCCAUCGAACACCGACCCGCUACCUGAUCUCCUCCGUCUGACCAGAGAAGACGUAUCAAACAUGAGACUUGCGCACAGCAAGUUCAUCGAUAGCAUCGAACAAACCCAACCCAGACUCCACUACCAGCCACACACCCGCGGUCUCGUCUCAACCGCCGGCGGCUCCUAUCUCCCCGUCCUGGUCAUCUCCCUCCGAAUGCUUCGCCAGAGCGGCUCAACCCUCCCAAUGGAAGUCUUCCUCGCCAAUUGGGAAGAAUACGAUGGCUACGUCUGCCAGAUCGUCCUCCCCUCCCUGAACGCCCAAUGCGUCGUCCUAUCCGAGAUCCUCGACACCAUCCCCAACAGCAAAUCCGCCAUCGAGAAAUACCAAUACAAAGUCUUCGCGAUGAUGUUCUCCUCCUUCGAGGAGAUCCUCUUCCUCGACGCAGACGCAUUCGCUCUCCAAGACCCCGAAGUUCUCUUCACCUCCGACCCCUUCCUCUCCAAGGGCCUCAUCACCUGGCCCGACUUCUGGCAAACCCAACAACGACCCCAACAACAACAACUCCCCAACCCCGCCACAAUCCGCCAAUCCACCGAAUCCGGCGAAGUCCUCCUCUCCAAACGCACCCAUGCCCGCACCCUCCUCCUAGCAGCCUACUACAACUUCUACGGCCCAACCCACUACUACCCACUACUCUCGCAAGGCGCCGCCGGCGAAGGCGACAAGGAGACCUUCAUCGCCGCCGCAAUCGCCCUCAACGAACCCUUCUACCAAGUCAGCGAGCCCAUCCGAGCAGUCGGUCGAGGCACUCCCGACGGGUUCGCCGGAUCCACCAUGGUCCAAUAUAACCCGAUCGAAGACUACAUUCUCACAAAGAAAGGUGAAUGGCGCAUCAAGAGCGCAACCGUACCCCCAUCACAGCCAUUCUUCGUCCACGUCAACUUCCCCAAGUUUAACCCGGCCACGGUGUUCACGGAGAACGGGCCUGUGGUGGAUGAGCGCGGAAGGUACACGCGGGCUUGGACGGCGCCGGAAGAUGUAGUCGAGGCGUUUGGGGGCAAGAAAACGGAAAAAGCGUACUGGAAGGAGAUUCUGUGGACGGCGUGUGCGUUGGAAGGGAAGAGUUUGAGUUGGAAGGGGAGGACGGAUAUUUGUUCGAAGACGGCGGAUUAUUGGAGUUCAAUCUUUGGGGGGGAACAAGAGGAACAUAGUAUAUAGGUAGAUAACUCCCUGGGCGAGGGCCGGGGUGGUGGUGGUGGUGAAUCUUGUACGAGUUACAAGAUGGGUUUUGUAAAUUAUAGGAAUUGUUUAACAUAGGGAUGUAGAGAUUUCUUGGGUUUGAUAAUGUUAUGAGUUUACGAUAGUUG